GGGCCGUGACGCAGAAGGGGCGCGCGGGAGGCGGCGGGAGCGCGGCGGCCGCUGUGGGACCGGAGCGGAGGGGAGCGGAGCCAUGGCCGGGCCGCACCUGCAGCAGCCCAGCUUCCUGCUGGCCACGCUGAAGGCGGAUUGUGUCAACAAACCGUUUGCGCAGAGAUGCCACGAUCUGGAGACCGUCAUCGAGGAGCUGCCUGCCAAGGAACUACAUGGCAUCUUCCCAUGGCUGGUGGAGAGCAUUUUUGGCAGCCUGGAUGGCAUCAUCGUGGGCUGGAAUCUUCGCUGCUUGCAAGGCAGAACAAAUCCUAAUGAAUAUUCUGUGGCUCUGGAUUUCCUGGAUCCCAGUGGCCCAAUGAUGAAGCUGGUUUACAAACUCCAAGAGUACAGAUAUGAUUUCCCAGUCUCAUAUCUUCCAGGCCCUGUGAAGGCUUCAAUACAAGAGCAAGUUCUACCAGAAUGCUCUUUAUACCACAACAAAGUCCAGUUUCCUUCAUCUGGUGGUUUAGGUUUGAAUUUGGCUCUUAAUCCAUUUGAAUAUUACAUGUUUUACUUUGCAAUUAGUUUGAUUACACAGAAGAAUUCACCUGUCACCCAUCACGUCAGCCCUUCCAACAGCGCUUACUUCAUCCUGGUGGACACAUACCUCAAGUGUUUCCUACCCACAGAAGGAAGUGUCCUUCCCCCACCUUCUUCAAAUCCUGGGGGAGCCAUCCCUUCCCCUACUCCCAGGUCCCCAGCAGUGCCUUUCUCCUCCUAUGGCAUGCACCACACCAGCCUGCUGAAACGGCACAUUGCCCACCAGCCCUCUGUGAACGCUGACCCGGCCUCCCAGGAGAUCUGGAGAUCAGAAACCCUGCUUCAGAUCUUUGUUGAAAUGUGGCUUCAUCAUUAUUCACUGGAAAUGUAUCAGAAAAUGCAAUCCCCUCACGUCAAGCUGGAGGUUCUCCACUACCGACUCAGUAUCUCCAGUAAACACCACGGUAGUCCUGCCCAAUCCAGCUACCAGGCCCUCCACGCAUACCAAGAGUCAUUCAAGCCCACUGAAGAGCAUGUGCUGGUGGUAAGACUGCUUGUGAAACAUCUGCAUGCUUUCAGCAACAGCCUGAAACCAGAGCCUCUCUCCCCUUCAGCCCACUCCCACACAGCCAGCCCACUGGAGGAGUUUAAAAGGGUUGUGAUUCCUCGGUUUGUCCAGGAGAAGCUUUAUAUCUUCCUGCAACACUGUUUUGGCCACUGGCCUCUGGAUGCCUCCUUCAGAGCAGUUCUUGAGAUGUGGUUGAGUUACUUGCAGCCCUGGAGGUAUGCACCUGAAAAGCCUCCCCAAAGCACAGAGCCUUUGCCUCGCAGCGUCUCGGACAAAUGGGCUGCCUUCAUUCAGGAAAAUCUGCUCAUGUACACCAAGCUAUUUGUGGGAUUUCUGAACAGAGCUCUUCGAACAGACUUGGUCAGUCCAAAAAAUGCCCUCAUGGUGUUCCGAGUAGCCAAGGUCUUUGCUCAGCCCAAUCUAGCUGAAAUGAUCCUGAAAGGAGAACAGUUGUUCCUGGAGCCAGAUCUUGUUAUUCCCCACCGUCAACACCGACUUUUUAUGAGCCCCACUCUUGGUGGGAGUUUUCUGUCAUCACGGUCUCCAGCUGUUACAGAUGCCUCAUUUAAGGUGAAGAGUCAUGUUUACAGCCUGGAAGGACAGGACUUCCAGUAUAAACAGAUGUUUGGUGCAGAAGUCAGGAAUUUGGUGUUAAAACUGGCCCAGUUAAUUUGUCAGGCACAGCAGACAGCUAAGUCCAUCUCAGACCAUUCUGCAGAGACAAUGGCCAGCCAGUCCUUCUUCUCCUGGUUUAGAUUCACACCAUCUGAGGUGAAUGGCUCCUACACAGGCAAUGACCUUGAUGAAAUUGGGCAGGACAGCAUCAAAAAAACAGAUGAAUAUUUAGAGAAGGCAUUGGAAUAUUUAUGCCAGAUUUUUAAGCUGAGUGAAGCCCAGCUGACUCAGAUGAUGAUGAAGUGUGGGACAGCUCAAGAUGAGAAUGGAAAAAAACAACUUCCAGACUGCAUUGCCAGUGAGAACGGCCUCAUUCUUACACCCCUGGGCAGGUACCAGAUCAUAAAUGGCUUACGGAGGUUUGAGCUGCAGUACCAGGGGGACACUGAGCUCCAGCCCAUCCGCAGUUACGAGAACGCCGCCCUCGUGCGGCUGCUGUUCCGCCUGUCCUCGCUGCUCAACCACAGGUUUGCAGAUCAGAUGGAAAUGCUUUGCUCCAGGGAUGAUUUUGUUGGCAGACUCUGUCGCUAUCAUCUGACCAACCCCCAGCUCCUACAGAAAAUCAGGUACAGCCCUGUGGUGAGGGACAGAACGAGCCCCAACUGGGGACCCAGGAUCAGUCUGAGGUUUCUGGCCAGCUACAGGACUCUGAUGUCUUUGCUGAUGAUUUACUUCCUUGCAUCCUGGUUUUAUGUUGGGCCGGUUGGCUGCACAUUCAUUAUCCUAACUGGGUAUUUUCUUUAUGCUGUAAUAAUGACUUUUUUCUUCGAAGGAUGGAAACCACAUGAACACUAGUUUCCUCUUCGUGGCUUGUAAAAAUAAAUGUUUUAAGGAUGAGCCUGGGAUUCCAUGACUAAAAUGUUUUAACUGUAUCAAAUCUUAAAAUAUUUUUAAUACUGAAGUUAAUGGAGUUUUAUAAACAUUGAUGUGGCCUUGAAGAGAUAAUCAAUGUAAAUUUUAUUUUUAUAAAGGUGUUCCUGUAGACUC